GUGAAUAGCCUUGUACCAUGUGACCUCUGUGAUCAUUCACAGAUUUCACACGUAGUAAGCAAUGAUGUCAGAAGUGACAUCUUGCUUACUACUUUGCAUGUGAUCACUGAUUGGCCAAUCAGUGAUCACAUGCAAAGUAGUAAGCAAGAUGUCACUUGUGACAUCAUUGCUUACUACGUGUGAAAUCUGUGAAUGAUCACAGAGGUCACAUGGUACAGGGCUAUUCACAACAGCCUUGUACCAUGUGACAAGCUCUGACCAAUCACAGCUCACACAGUAUUUCUCAAUGGCUGCAAGAAUGCAGACAGAAAGAGAAAUGAUUGCUUUUACAUCCUAUAUGGGUGUAAAAGCAAUCACUGAAAAAAAA